AUGGCCAACCUGCUCCGCAGCAAGCUGUCCAAUGUGGCCACGUCCGUGUCCAACAAGUCCCAGGCCAAGGUGAGCGGCAUGUUCGCCAGGAUGGGUUUUCAGGCGGCCACCGACGAGGAGGCGGUGGGCUUCGCGCAUUGCGACGACCUCGACUUUGAGCACCGUCAGGGCUUGCAGAUGGACAUCCUGAAAAGUGAGGGCGAGCCCUGCGGGGACGAGGGCGCCGAACCACCCGUCGAGGGAGACAUCCAUUACCAGCGCGGCGGUGGCGCGCCCCUGCCGCCCUCGGGCUCCAAGGACCAGGCCCUAGGAGCUGGUGGCGAGUUUGGGGGCCACGACAAGCCCAAGAUUACAGCGUGGGAGGCGGGCUGGAACGUGACCAACGCUAUCCAGGGCAUGUUCGUGCUGGGCCUGCCCUACGCCAUCCUGCACGGCGGCUACCUGGGAUUGUUCCUUAUUAUCUUCGCCGCCGUGGUGUGCUGCUACACCGGCAAGAUCCUCAUCGCCUGCCUAUACGAGGAGAACGAGGACGGCGAGGUGGUGCGCGUGCGGGACUCGUACGUGGCCAUUGCCAACGCCUGCUGCGCCCCGCGCUUCCCCACGCUGGGCGGCCGCGUGGUGAACGUGGCUCAGAUCAUCGAGCUGGUGAUGACUUGCAUCCUGUACGUGGUGGUGAGCGGCAACCUCAUGUACAACAGCUUCCCGGGGCUGCCCGUGUCGCAGAAGUCCUGGUCCAUCAUCGCCACGGCGGUGCUGCUGCCUUGCGCCUUCCUUAAGAACCUCAAGGCCGUGUCCAAGUUCAGCCUGCUGUGCACGUUGGCCCACUUCGUCAUCAACAUUCUGGUCAUUGCCUACUGCCUGUCGCGGGCGCGCGAUUGGGCCUGGGAGAAGGUCAAGUUCUACAUCGACGUCAAGAAGUUUCCCAUCUCCAUCGGCAUCAUCGUGUUCAGCUACACGUCGCAGAUCUUCCUGCCUUCGCUGGAAGGCAACAUGCAGCAGCCGAGCGAGUUCCACUGCAUGAUGAACUGGACGCACAUCGCCGCCUGCGUGCUCAAAGGCCUCUUCGCGCUCGUCGCCUACCUCACCUGGGCCGAUGAGACCAAGGAGGUCAUCACGGAUAACCUGCCCGGGUCCAUCCGCGCCGUGGUCAACAUCUUCCUGGUGGCCAAGGCGCUGCUCUCCUACCCCUUGCCCUUCUUCGCUGCUGUCGAGGUGCUGGAGAAGUCGCUUUUCCAGGAAGGCAGCCGCGCCUUCUUCCCCGCCUGCUACGGCGGCGACGGGCGCCUCAAGUCGUGGGGGCUGACGCUGCGCUGCGCGCUGGUGGUCUUCACGCUGCUCAUGGCCAUCUACGUGCCGCACUUCGCGCUGCUCAUGGGCCUCACCGGCAGCCUCACGGGCGCCGGCCUCUGCUUCCUGCUGCCCAGCCUCUUCCACCUGCGCCUGCUCUGGCGCAAGCUGCUGUGGCACCAGGUCUUCUUCGACGUCGCCAUCUUCGUCAUCGGCGGCAUCUGCAGCGUGUCCGGCUUCGUGCACUCUCUGGAGGGCCUCAUUGAGGCCUACCGAACCAACGCGGAGGACUAG